AAAUUGCUAACUUGUUCUUAAAUACUCUAAAAUAGAAAAUUCUAAGUGAUCGCCCACGCACAAAAAGUAACCAAGAAUUUACAGUUUUUGAAUAAAAGUAUACGGAAACCACGUGGAAAAAUUUAGGACUAUGGUUGAGGAUUCUAAAAUAAAAGAUUUUUACCAGAAAUUAAAAGUGGUUCUUCACGCUCCAACCAGUGAAACUAAAAACGAGCAGCUACAGUUUCAAUUAUUUGACAUUAGUAAUUCACUGGAUCUUUUGACGACAACGUCAGAGCCAAACCUACUCGAAUCACUCCAAUGCAUUCCACCGUACAUCAAUUUAGAGGAUCUUCUUGAACCAAUAUACAUUACAUCAGAUCCUGCUACCAAUAACUUGCCACUGAAAUUAAAGGACAUAUCUCCAGCAACACAAAUAACGAGACUGAAUCCACCAAAAGAGCUUAAAAAGGACAUUGUCCCACACGCUAAAGAGCAGCUUACACUACUACCUGGUCCAUCUCAUUCAAAAGACCCGCUAGUGGUACACACUGAUGAUGAUCGUGAUGACUCUAAAGAGAUUUGUACGAAAAAGAGAAAGUUAAUAGAUGGCAGUAACUCGUCCAGUGACAAUGAUAUGGAUAUAAUGACAUACGUUGGCAUGACAGAGAAGCACGAGAUAAGAGUGAUAGAGGAAACGCCUGAGCAAGUUAAAAAAGAUGAUAGUACUGAUUUGUCACCAGUAGGAGUUGAAGAUAUAGAAAUGAUAAUUGAUGAAUCAAUGUUGGAAGACUGGCCUCUUAGUGAUGGAGAUGACGAUGUCAUAGUAAUUGAUUGAACAGCAGUUGAACAUCAGUUACAUUGAUUUGCAACUUGUGUCACUGUUUGUUACAUUAUCUAUCAAUUUGGAGAGCUGUUA